CACACACACAUACACACACACAGCCACAGCCGCCCGGUGCUGGUUUGUGUGCCCUCUCCCUCUUUUUUCUUCAUACGGGGAUUAUAAAGCAGUUGUACAACAAUCUGCCGCCUUCCUGGCUCCCAUACAAUCCGUCCUCUUAACACCGAAACAUCCUGGAGUAGUCGACCGCCUCAUCCAUGCAUCGGAGUCCCGGGCCCCAGUGCACCGGCUCCGGCUCCAGCCAUGUCGGCCAAGAAUGCAGCGGCUGGCGGCGAUGACAGAGCGGGUGGCGAACCGGCAGACGAUGAGCUGGUUGAGGAAAACCAAAGCGGUUCGGUGUCUUUGCCCAGCCUGAUGACCACAUUCUCAGCUGCUGGCAUGUCCUUCACCAUGGAGAUGCCCCGAAAACGCAAGGGCAGCACGGACAACCAGGAUACAAAAUGUGGUUCCAUCCCUGACGUAGAUAUGGAAGACGACCAAAACGGUUCAGAUGGAGAGGACCAACAUGUCAAAAUUAAAUGCUUCAGGGAACCACACAGCCAAAUUGAGAAGAGGAGACGGGACAAAAUGAACAAUCUCAUUGACAAACUAUCAGCCAUGAUCCCUACAUGUAACCCCAUGUCUCGUAAACUGGACAAACUUACUGUGCUCAGAAUGGCCGUGCAGCACCUCAAAUCUCUCAAAGGUUCAGCGAGUUCUUUUUCUGAAGUCAACUACAAACCGUCUUUCCUCCCCGACGAGGAGCUCAAACACCUUGUCCUUAAGGCUGCAGAUGGUUUCCUGUUUGUAGUGGGCUGUGAUCGUGGGAAAAUAGUUUUUGUCUCAGAGUCCGUCACAAAGAUAUUAAACUACAGUCGGGCGGAGCUGAUUGGACAGAGCUUGUUUGACUACAUACACCCAAAGGACAUGGGAAAAGUGAAGGAGCAGCUUUCAGCUUCUGAAUUAUACCCCCGUGAACGGCUAAUAGAUGCUAAAACCGGUCUGCAGGUUCAGGCUGACCUCCCAGUUGGUGCAGCGCGGCUGUGUUCAGGCGCACGCCGCUCAUUUUUCUGCCGCAUGAAGUACAACAAAAUUUCUGUCAAGGUGGAGGAGAAGGAAUUCCAAGCCAGCACCUCCAAAAAGAAAGAGUCGCAGAAGUACUGCACAGUCCACUGCACGGGCUACAUGCGCAGCUGGCCAACCAGUCAGCUGGGAGCGGAUGGGGAGGGCGAGGCAGACAAGCAGGAUAGCUCCCACUUCAGCUGCCUGGUGGCGGUGGGACGCGUCCACUCCCACUCGUCUCCCCAGAUAAAUGGAGAGGUCCGAGUUAAACCCACAGAGUUCAUCACACGCUACGCCAUGGAUGGAAAAUUCACCUUUGUCGAUCAAAGAGCAACAACCAUUCUUGGUUAUCUACCCCAAGAAUUGCUUGGGACAUCGUGCUAUGAGUACUUCCAUCAAGACGACUUACCGCAUUUAGCUGAAAGACAUCGAAAAGUGCUGCGGAGUAAAGACAAAAUAGAGACAAACAGCUAUAAGUUCAAAACAAAAUAUGGCUCUUUCGUCACUCUGCAGAGUCAGUGGUUUAGUUUUGUGAAUCCCUGGACCAAAGAAGUAGAAUACAUAGUGUCAACUAACACAGUUAUAUCGUAUGAUAACAGUCGAACCAGUCGGUCGGGAAACAAGUCUGAACAGUCGAGAAAUUCCAAAACAUCAGAAGAAGAUGGCAAGAAGUCCCUUCCAGUCAUACCAGGUAUCUCCACCCCACCUGGAGCUAUGAUAUAUGCUGGAAGCAUAGGGACCCAGAUCGCCAAUGAGCUGCUGGAUUUCAACAGGUGUGGCCUCACGACAGAGAUGAACUCAUCACCUUCCAGUGGCAGCGUCAGUCCAUUCAGUCUACCCCAGGACAAGUGUCCACAAACUCACAAUCAAAUCAGCAACAACGUGCCAAAUGGAGAGGCAACAGACAUGGAGAUUCCAGGAAAGUCCAGCUCAGAGGAUGAGCCCCAAGGAGCUACAUAUUCAGGAGGAGAAUCACUCAUGGGAGAGAAUUCCCAGCUGGAUUUGGACAGCGUGGUUGGACCGGGCCUUAGUAGUCUUAGCAAUGACGAAGCAGCCAUGGCAGUGAUCAUGAGCCUCCUGGAGACAGACACAAACUUGGGCGAGGCUGUGGACUUUGAAGAGAUGCACUGGUCUUUAUAGAAUCUGCUCUUAUCGUGUGAUGCUGUAGCACACUGAAAAACACUCGGCCCAUUAUUUUUGUGAUGAGAACUGCUUGAAUGCGUACUCAAAGUCACAGCAUUCCUUUUUGUUAACAGACUUUUUUAUUUAUUAGUUACCUUUUCCCACAUAAGCUGUGUAGUCUUAGUGUGGCUGCUCUAACAGGGAGUGGGAUUGAUGACAAUAAGGGACACCUGCUUCCCCUCUUCAGAAGGAGGAUGUGCCUCUAAAGCCUUACAGCGGUCCGCCUGCCCUCAAACGCUGUUCCUUACUGCUUUCACAUCUACUGUCAUCCUCUGUUUACCUGAAGAGGCCUCACAAGGUUGAACAACCCAUGAACACAAACGACAGUGACAUGAUGUACGAUCAUGAUUGCUCGGGAUUCUCUCCUCCACCGACAUUCGAACAAAGGGUGGGAGUGACGAUGCAAAAAAAGAAAAAUUGCACUGAAUCGAUUUCAUGUUUUUUUUUUUUUAAGGUUGUAAUUUCAUUAGGGUAUUGUACGUUUAAUUAAAAUGUGAGGAAGACACCUUGACAACCUGGCCCAUCUCUGUGACCCCUCAGGAUCCAAGCCGUAGGUCGCCAGUGUGCCACGGCAGACCACACCUCCAUAACCUCUAACUUUGAGAGUCACCUCAUGGCGUGCCGCUCAGAGAUUUUCUCUUGUCAGUAUCUGAACAUUUUCUGUGGAAACAGUCCAGCAACCUCCUCUCUUGUACAAUGACUUGAACAUACUGUAAAUGUGUGGAUUUGAUAUGAUUCCAAACACCAUGUCUUCAAGCCAUAUCUGUCUUAAAGGGUUAGGUUGUGUAGGAAGAAUAUUUCAAUUUUUAAAUGUGAACACUUCUACAGACAUUUAGCCCCGAACAUUGGCUGCCUUGCAAUUGAUAUGCCCUAGCUCUAAAUAUUUAAAGGUCCAUUGUGUAGGAUUUAGGGGGAUAUAUCAGCAGAAAUGAAAUAUAAUAUAAGUAUGUUUUUCUUUAGUGUAUAAAUAACUAUUGUUGUGUUUUUGUUACCUAAUAAUGACCGGUUUAUAUUUUCAUAGGGAGCAGGUCCUCGUCCAUGGAGAUCAUUACGUUGCACCACCAUGUUACUAAUAGAGAUGAGCAUGAGUACUCGAGUAGACGUCAGUAUUUGUUCAACGCAUAUAGUACUCACCACCACCACUACCACAUGCAAACAUUUUUGUUAAAUAUAAUAAUAAUAACUUAAUUUACAUAGCAUCUUUUAAAAUUGAUUGUACGAAGUGCUUUGACAACAAGGCAAAUCAGGAGCAAGACGGGUUUCUUGCAGAGGCAACAUAACUAUAAGAUCCAAACAAUACUGCCGAACUUAGGCCAGACAAAAUGGCUGUUAAAUGCAAUUGGAAUGCGUAUGAUCAGCAUUCACACCCGGGUCAGAUGACUGCAGUAGACGUGGGUUUUUAUAGCCUCUGGCUCCAUUCAGCAUUGAUGGGAAUACAAAACCCGGGUGAACGUGGGAGUUUCAGCUCUUUGACUGGCAGGAUGCACAGACACGCCAUCACUAAUUACACUUCAGCUCCUCCUAAGCAGCACUAAAAAACCUGAUCCAAAUACAGCGAGUUUUAAAGGGGGACUGAUUAAGUAAGAUAUGGAGAGAGGAGAAACCACUGAAAAGUUUUCAAAGACCUCUGUUCCUGCCGCUGUCUGACAUUUACCUGUUCUCCUGCCUGUCAGUGUCACACGGACACACCAACAAAUAGCCCACACUCAACAGCUGGCAGAAAGGCAGACAUGUGCGGUGUGUUUGUUGGCAGUGGGAAUACAGUAUGUAGCUGUUUUACCAAUGUAUGAAAAACAUGCAUGCACACGCUCAUUUUGGUGAGAAAGCGGUAUUUCUCAUUCUCUGUUGAUCACAAGACUACUGCCGCAUGGCUCGGCACAGUGUGAGCUCCACACUGGGAAGCAGUUGGUGAGAGUCUGCUUGCACACACUUACAUACACACUCAGUGACAGGGCUACGUGUUGGCAUCACACGGCUAAUGUUACCUUACGGUUGUUAACUUGUUUAAGGACAGAGCCGUUUCACUGUCAGUUUGUGUUGGUUUGAAUCAGUGCUGCAUGUAGCCCAUGUGUUGUUAACAGCAGUGGCAGAAACAUGCCUGUGAGUAACCUAGAAUAAUUUAAUACGAGUACUUGAAUAUGGAAGUUACUUGAAAUGCUCAUCCCGGGUUUCUACAGCAGUCCAGAAUGAACAAAACAAACACUGUAGGAACUCUAACCCUGUCAUAAUCUGCGAUUCUCACUGCUAGAUGCCACCAAAUCCCCCUAAAUUUAACACACUGAUCCUCUAAUAGUUCUCAACAGAAAUGACCCACCUUCUUAAAUAUGUUAGGAGCAGCCAGUGUUGGUUGACCAUUUAUGAGCUGGGUUUAUGAGCACUACUUCAUGCAAAGUAAAAUGCCACUUUAGCGGCUCUCUGAAAGCAGCAACUACGCAGUAAACCCAUUUCACUUCUGUGACAUCUCGUCAAUACAUGUUGGAGGUUGAUCACUGAGUCUGAUGGUAGAAGUCAUAACUGGGGGAGUGAUUUAAACGGAGUGACGCAGUUAUUCAAAACUGUAGCAGCAUUUUAACCUCCAGUUUGUUUUACAUACUCCCUUACAUACUGUACAUUACUGCAGAGUCUGUGCUUGUUUGCCCGGGAGUUUGUGAUCUUACAAUUAUUGUCAGCUUUACAAUCUUGCAGGUAAGCCAUAGCUUUAGCUUUUUUUUUCAUGUAUGCGCUGACAGUGCUUCAUGUGCUUGUCAUAGGAACACAGUGUCGUCAUGCAUACAUUUAUUAAGAAAUUAUGCUAUGCAGAGCUAUCAUUCCAUGAAUUCUGGAUUUCUUUCCUUUCUUUUUUCAUUUAUGUGAUUUUCACUCCCAUAUAAUGCAUGACUCAGAAACUGCAGAAGGAAUAAGACAGUAAGUGCUGAUUAAUGUUAUAUUUCUUGAGAACUUGAACAAGUCGCUGAGAUGUAUUGAUCCCUUUUGCGACUUACCUCGUGGAGGUUUGUUUGGCCCAUGUUUGUAAUUGCAUAUAUUGGAUUUUACGAACUCAUUGACAGCUCUCACAUGAUGAUCUGUAUGUCAUCGACCCACUGCUAAACUCAUGUGAUAGCCAGAGAGCCUUAUGGGUUGAUGUAUGUCAAAUCAAUGUCACAAAUUGAAUUUAAAGGAAUACUUCACCCACAAAAUGACCAUUUAUAUAUCAGUUA